GAAAAACUCGUUUUUUCCAUCACUGUUGCCGUUGGCUUGACGCUGCAUUACGUGAGACUCCUGAGUUACUAUGUAACAGCAGAAGCAGAGCUUUCCAAAUUACACAAUUGUAUGCAGGUGUUGAAGUGUUUGGAGCUGAAUGCAGAAGAUUGUAGCAGUGCUUGGUGGGGGGAUUGGUGGUCUGUCGGCCUGUCAUCAUCUUAGCAAGAGUACUAAUGUUUCCAAGAUCGUGCUGCUGGAGGAAUCUGGGAGAUGUGGGGGUUGGUUGAGCUCCACACGGAGGGAUGACGGGGCGGUGUUCGAGCACGGACCACGAGGGGUGCGACCUACAGGUGCUGUCGGCCGGAACACUUUGAAUAUGGUCUCUGAGUUGGGUCUUGAGUCUGAACUCCUGCCAAUUACGAAGGAUCAUGUGGCAUCUAAGAACCGCUUCUUGUAUGUGAAGGGACAGCUGCACAAGAUGCCAUCAGGACCUGGUGGGGUUCUCCGCACCAUCCCUCCUUUCUCUCGUCCCAUAAUUCAGAGCGUUCUGAAGGAGAUACUGAUAAGUAAAGGGAAAGAGGAGGACGAAUCCGUGCAUGCGUUUGUGUCCAGACGACUGGGUUCUGAGUUGGCCGAUAUAGCCAUAGACAGCCUGUGUAGAGGAGUUUUUGCUGGAGACAGCAGACAGUUGAGUGUACGGUCCUGCUUUCCACCUCUUUAUGAAGCAGAACGGUCUCGGGGCUCCAUCGUGCUGGGCAUGCUGAUUGGUUCAGGAGGUGGUCCUAAAGUAGUCCCUUCAGAUUUGGCAAAGAGAGCAUCUAAAGAGUCCUGGACUCAGUGGUCUCUAAAGAGAGGCAUGCAGACACUUCCAGAAGCCUUGGAGGACAAGCUGAGGAUGCGAGAGCGAGUGGAGAUUCAUCAUCAUGCCAAAGUGAAGAGUCUGAAUAUGGAUGGGGGAAGCUGGGAGAUCAAACUACAUGAUGGGGCUUCUUUGAAAGCUGAUCAUGUUAUUUCUGCCAUGCCUGCAUCAGCUUUGGCAUCUGUGCUGCCCCCUGCUGCUCAUCCCCUAUCGGAACAGCUGCGAUCCAUCGCUUCAGUAACCGUUGCUGUGGUGAAUUUGGAAUAUGAAGGCUUCAUCCUUCCUGUUACUGGCUUUGGACAUUUGGUGCCUUCUUCAGAAGAUCCAGGUCUGUUAGGGGUGGUGUAUGACUCUGUUCCCUUCCCACAACACAAUCAGAGUGGAAAACCCACCACUAGGUUGACGGUGAUGAUGGGGGGAGCGUGGUUUGAGCAGGCAUUUGGUAGUCCUGAUUCCGUGACGAAGCAGACGCUGUUGGAUCGAGCCACCCAGGCCGUGACCUCUCACCUGGGCGUAACCUCACAACCUGUGUGGAGUUUUGUUGCUUUACUCAAGAACUGCAUUCCGCAGUAUCAUUUAGGACACUGGAAACGACUUGAAAAGAUGAGGCAAUACAUCAGCAACCACAAUCUGCCCCUUACACUGGCGGGAGCUUCCUACGAUGGUGUCUCUGUCAAUGAUGUGAUAUUUAGAGGGCAGGCUGCAGCUGAGGGUCUCGUUGGAAAAGUAUGACUGACACUAACUCAUUUUUGAUCGAGUGAGAUGCUUUUAUUGAAGAUUUCAGGUUUUGAUGGGCAUUUUUGUGAAGGAUCUGAAAAAUGCACACUAACAUGAAAACAACAUGCUUUACUUGAACCCAGGAUGGAAAUCAAGAGUACAUCCAAUCAUUUGAAAAUGUAAUAUAUUUCAAAAAUCAUUAUUAAUAUAAUUUGAUAUUAAUUCAAUUUAUCUUGUUUUCCAGUAAAAUAGAAAUAUCUAAAUGUUAUUAAAAGAAGAUACAUUGACUGUUCAGAGUUGUACUCCAUUAGCUUUGUUAAAUUCUUAUUUAUGUUUAAAACAAGAAAAAAAACAGCUGGCUUGGGAAGAAUAAACUUUUAUUUUCUUUAUGCGAUUUAAGUAAAUGUUGUUUUAAGCAGGUUUAGAUAUUUUCUACUGAAAAACAAGAUUUAAAAUGGGGUUUUUUUUGCACUGAAUGAGCCAUCGGAUAAUGUACUUUAUCAGUAAUAUCAGUCAAAUGAUUGUAGAACUUGACUGUCCCCAUGUGGCACAUUAAUUAAAUGUAUUUUUUAUGUUCAUCUGUGGUGAAAUUGAACUUGGAGGAGGAAUAUAAUAUCUUUCGAUCAGUCAGUUUCAUCAUUUUUUGACAUCUCGGGCUGGGAAACUGUCAAUUGCUACUAGUAUCUCAUCCAGAACUUCUGUUUGUCUAAAUCACGCUUGCCAUUAGGAAAGGUCACGUUGUCCUACAUCCAUGUCACCUCAGCAGCUAUCAAAAAUGGCCUCGAAUGUUCAAAAUAUAGUAUAUUUUCAACUAUUUCUUCCAUUUGUCUGAAAGAUGAUGAUGGUUUUCAGGUAUGUUAGGACCGGCUGAGAUGAAUUGCCAUUAAAUCAGGGUGCACUAAAAACAUUUUGCACUGAACAUUUUAUACCAUUACACUGAAGUGGCAUCAAUGGCAAAUUUACAACUUAUAUUUUGCGUUUGAGCCAAGCAGCAGAUUGGAAAUGGCUGUGACCAUCUGCAUUGUCAUUGACUUUCAAAGGGCAAAAAAUUCAAAUACUAUUACUUAGAGAAGCAGACUUUUAAUGGGUGCUUGAGAGACAUUUGUUUCACACAUGGAUGCUUUGCAAAGCAUUUCUCUUAAUGUGUCACAGAGCAAUAAUGUUUUAUCACUGAAAUGCACAGGUUUGCCUUUUUGCCUUUUACAUGCAGUACUUGUGAGAAAUCAGUGAAUGCAAUUUUAUAUUGCAUUGUCACAUUAUGGAUCCACAUGCAAUGAUUGUCAUUUUCAGCCUUGGGUGUUUAUAGUGAAUGUGACUGAAGAGUAUUGUGCAGUAUGUAACAACAAUAAUUCCAUGAAAAAACUCAACCUCUCAAUAAAUGAUAAUGUAUUUUUA